CUGAAGCUCAAUGUUUGUCAGUAUUCCUGGCGCGCAGUUACCAGUCUGGGUGAUGUGGCCGUGGAGGGAAAUUACGGCGGAACGCAGUAUGUGGACGCAAUGGAAAGCCUGUGUAUAGAACGCGCGCUGAAGCUUUUCAGUCUAUCGCCAGAGGAUUGGGGCGUUAAUGUCCAACCCUACAGUGGGUCGCCUGCCAACUUUGCCGUCUAUACAGGUCUUGUUGGACCUCGUGGACGAAUAAUGGGAUUGUCCCUCCCUGAUGGAGGUCAUCUUACCCACGGAUACUCUGCAGCUGAUGGAGAAAAGGCUUCUGCCACCAGCGCCUUCUUCGAGUCCAAGCGCUACUGCGUUGACAAGGAAACCGGUCUGAUUGACUACGACACACUCGCCACCACGGCGAAAGUCUUCAGACCAAAGUUAAUUGUUGCAGGCACAUGUGGCUAUUCCCGGCACCUGGACUACGCGAGGUUUCGUCAGAUUGCCGACUCUGUGGGGGCCAUCAUCAUGGCAGACAUGGCACACAUCAGUGGUCUGAUAGCAACCGGCCUGCAUCCCUCACCUUUCGAGUACGUGGACAUUGUCACCACAACCACCCACAAGACGCUACGAGCAGCCCGCGGUGCCAUGAUCUUCUAUCGCAAGCGCAAACUGGCGCCGUUCCCUCUCGCAGCAGCAGUCGCCAUGAAUGGGGUCUGUCUUGUGUUUAUCGUCGUGGUCCUCCCUUCUCCGAAAUUCAUCGCCCCCUUUUUGCUUGCUGUUCAGCUCUGGGGAAUCUAUAGAAGCCGUUUUAACUAA